AUGUGCUCGGAUGUCCUUCAGCUCCUCCAUGAAGAAUGGGCUAACUAUGGAGUCAUGCAUAAAUACCAGCCUGUGGACUUGAUCAGGAAGUACUUUGGAGAGCAGAUUGGGUUGUAUUUUGCCUGGCUGGGUGUUUAUACUCAGCUCCUCAUCCCCCCCUCUGUGCUGGGCAUCAUUGUCUUCCUGUACGGCAUACUCACUGUGGAUGCCAAUGUGCCAAGCCAGGAGACAUGUGAUGACAAUUUGAACAUCACCAUGUGUCCACUGUGUGAUGGAGUGUGUGACUACUGGCGUCUGAGUACGGUGUGCUCACUGGCCCGAACAUCAUACCUGUUUGACAAUGGAGCCACUGUCCUCUUUGCUAUUUUCAUGUCUCUGUGGGCUGCCUGUUUCCUUGAGCACUGGAAAAGGCGACAGAUGUGUCUGAAACAUACCUGGGACCUGACGAGCUUGGAGGAUGAGGAGGAGAGAGUCCAGGAGGAGAUGAGGCCUGAAUAUGAAGAAGCUCUACAGGAGAAAAAAGCCAAAAUGAAAGCACAGUCGAAGCAGAAGUUGACUCAAGCUGGGGAUGGUGCAGAUGGAGAAACAGACCAGAUGCUGGCCUCCCAGCGAGAGCCAGAGUCCUUGGACAUUGAGGAUCACCUGUCAGGUUAUCUCAUCAAUGUGUCCACCUUACUACUACUGAUCUUUGUAACCUUCUCUGCGGUGUUUGGAGUGGCCGUUUAUCGCAUCUGCAUGUUAAGUGUGUGGUCCAUGAACCCUGAUCCAGAAGCCAAGGCCAGCGUGAGGAUGACCGUCACCACCACAGGCAUCAUCCUGAACAUGCUGGUCGUUCUGGUGUUAGAAGAGGUCUACGGAGCGAUUGCUGUGUGGCUGACUGAAUUGGAACUUCCUAAGACAAAAGAAGAGUUUGAAGAGAGGCUCAUCUUUAAGUCUUUCUUUCUCAAAUCCAUGAACGCCUUUGCACCUAUUUUCUAUGUGGCCUUCUUCAAGGGCAGGUUUGCUGGGCGGCCUGGUGAUUAUGUUUACGUCUUUGGAGACUAUCGCAUGGAGGAGUGUGCUCCACCAGGCUGCCUCAUUGAGCUGUGCAUCCAGCUCAGCAUGAUCAUGCUCGGAAAGCAGCUCAUCCAAAACAAUGUGUUUGAGGUUCUCAUACCUAAGCUUAAAAAAAUGUACAGAACAAUGCAGGAAGAAAAGGGAAAGAAAAGAGCAGCAGGAAAUGAGGAUAAUGAGGAAGAAAUGAGACCAAAGCAGCAGUUUGACAAAGAUUUCACCCUUGAACCCUUUGAAGGAGUGAGCCCAGAGUACAUGGAAAUGAUAAUCCAGUACGGGUUCGUGUCUCUGUUCGUGGCCUCCUUCCCGCUGGCGCCAGCUUUUGCUCUGCUCAACAACGUCAUUGAGAUUCGCCUCGAUGCUGCAAAAUUUGUCACUGAGAUCCGACGGCCUGAUGCUGUGAGGUGUAAAGACAUAGGGAUUUGGUACAACAUUCUCUGUGGAAUCAGCAAAUUCUCUGUCAUUACCAAUGCAUUUGUAAUCUCCUUCACAUCGGAGUUUGUACCACGAAUGGUUUACCAGUACAUGUACAGUGUAAAUGGCACCAUGAACGGCUACACAGAGCAUUCACUGUCCUACUUUAAUGUCAGCAACUUCCCACCGGGCACUGCGCCUACCACCACCCUCAUCACCGGAGUCUCCAUGUGCAGGUAUAAGGACUACAGAGACCCGCCAUGGGACCCAGAUGCCUACACUUUCUCUAAACAGUACUGGUCUGUCCUGGCUGCAAAAUUGGCCUUUGUAAUAUUUUUCCAGAACCUUGCGAUGUUCCUCAGCAUGUUGGUUGCCUGGAUGAUCCCGGACGUACCACGAUCUCUGCGUGAACAGCUGAAGAAAGAGAACAUGAUGCUGAUGGAGUUUCUGCUGAAUCAGGACCAAGAAGCACGUGUCAAAUCUCACGCUCCAAAACGCUCCAUGCCGUGCUUCCCGGCCAACAUAGACAUUGUGGUGGAGGCACCACCGCAAGAAGAGGAGGAGCAGCAAGUGGAGGAGGUGGAGGUGGAGGAAGAAGAAAGGGUGGAGAUCAAGCUGGAUGAACCCCAAAGGGACAGGGACAGCGAUCCAGAGAUCGGGAAGUCACUUGAAGAAGUUGAAGAAAAUGCGCUGGAAGAGCAAGGAGGUGGAGGAGAAGACGAGGGCGGAGAGGUAGAAGGGGGAGAAAAGGAAAAUGAUGAAGAAGUGAAUGAAGAAAAUGGAAAGGAUGAUAAGGAGCUAGAGGGAGGAGAAGAAAAAGAGGAAGAAGCACAAAAAGAGGAGGAAGAAAAGGAAGUGAAGGCAGACGAGAACUUCACUGUCGAUCUGGACUCCUUCAUGUCCGAGCUGGGGCUGUUAGAUGAAGAACCCUCAUCCAGCACAGCUACAGAUGCAGCGCUUCCCCGCUCAGGCUCCAAACAGGAAUACCAGAAAGACCAGGAGCCUCCGUCACAGCCAUCAUCUAAAAGAGGCUCAUCUCUGAGUCUGAAGAGCUCCAGGGCAGACAUUACAGCCUCAGAUAUUGACACUAGGCUCUUCUCACUAAUUGCUCCUCCUCCCAGAGAGCCAGGCUCAAGGGCCAAGGCCCGCUGCUCCACCCUGCCUUCCCGCCACAAAGGGACUGAGGCUUGCUACAGUCUGCCACGGCCCAGCCACUCCACCAGCCUCACAAGGUUCCAGCAGGCGGCCACACUUACUCCACUGGUUCCUCUGGGAACCUCUGGGAAACACUCCUCUUCAUUAUCAGCCUCAUCCAACCCAUUCUCUCCCCCACACACACCGGUGUCACCAACCUCUCCACAUCCCACACAGUCCCCAUCAGCCCAACAGCCCAAAGGCCCCAGUGAACUAUUCAUGCUGAAAGGCCCUCCGCCUCAACAGCCUCGCUCCAGGGGCAAAGCCCGGUGCUCCACGCUGCCUGCACGGCAAAGAGCCCCCGGCCCCGAGGAGCCCUCCACCAAGCCUACCCAUUCCACCAGCUUUAUGAAGCUGGAGGACUGCAUCCCUCCUUCCCCCAGUGAACUGAAGCGUAACGCGCCAGUAUGA